AUGACAACCCCUCCCCCACUUCACCCCUCUUCCUCAACAUCCACACCCUCCUCUUCAUCUUUCGUCUUCCCACUCGACUACGCCUUCCCCCCCUUCUUCACCCGUCAAACAAACCUCACCACUCGCCACGCCCAGCUCACCAAAUGGGCCGCUCUCGUUCUCUCUUAUUGCCACCACUACCGGCUCUUCAAGAUUUCUCUCUCAGGCAAUCCCAUCACAGCCACAUCCAAUCCCGGAACCACCACCAACACCACCAACCAAACAACCUCAGCCUCAGCCAGCGGCGGCGAACGCGACACAACAGAACUCUUCUACAACCGCACCCUCAAUCGCCGGCUCAGUCCCGCCGACAUCCGCGACGUCAUCGCCUUCCUGCGCAAAGACGGACGGGCCGAGUACCUGUUAUCCCCCACGGGCGGUAGCGGGGUUGACGGUGAUGUCGGCGGCUGGGGCGGCGGCGGCGAAGGUGCGGGGCCAGAAGGGGGGGACAUUGUCUGGGUGUAUUGGCGGACACCGGAGGAGUGGGCGUCGUUGGUGGAGGGGUGGGUGGACUCGACGGGGCAGAAGGGGGGUGUGUUGACGGUGUAUGAGUUGGUUGAGGGGGAUGGGACGAGAGGGACUGAGUUCCACGGGAUGGACCAGGACCUCCUACUCAAAGCCCUCAAUGUGUUGGUUAAGCGGGGGAAGGCACAAAUUUUUGGACAGGAAGACUCGUUAGGUGUUAAGUUCUUCUAA